GUUCAAAUGCUGGUGUUGCGUUAAUGCACAUAUUAGCCAAUCUGGUUUCUGCUCACCUUUCACCUGCACAAAUGAACCGCCUUAAGAUUAGAAAAGCUACAACAUUUUAACUUUCGUUGGCGACGUUUUAACAUUUUUAGACGUCUUUUUAAGCAAAAGCCGUCCGAGUAAGUAGCUACACGGCUAGCUAACAAUUUCUGUAGUUAACAACUUUGCUAGCCCGUUUUGGCUCAAAGGUUUGACACUUCUGUGACUACUCCUCUGUCAUCGCCAGAAUCAACCAAAACAAUGUCUGGGAAUCCUGCGCUGGUUAUGCGGCUGGUGGCGUCUGCUUAUUCUGUGGCUGAAAAGGCCGGGGCCAUCGUUAGGAAGGUGCUUCAAAGCGGAGAGCUUGGCAUCGUGGAAAAGACGGGAGCGAAUGAUCUGCAAACCAUGGCGGACCGACUCGCACAGCAGAGCAUUUGUGCGUCACUGUCCAGACGUUUCCCCAAAGUCACCAUCAUAGGAGAGGAGGAGCUUCCAGCUGAAGAGGUCCAAGCAGAUCUUAUUGAGAACGGUCAGUCAGAGGAAAUCCUGAAGAAGAGCUGUCCAGAGGAAUAUAAAGCACUAAAAGAAGAGGAGCUUGUUGUGUGGGUUGAUCCCCUCGAUGGCACAAAGGAAUAUACUGAAGCAUCAAGGUGUCUCCAUCUUCGAGCUGCAGCCCCGACACCACACAAAGGAUCGGACACCUCCCAGACUCAUACAGCUCUCUGGCUCCUGGACAAUGUGACGGUGCUUAUCGGUAUUGCAUAUGGAGGCAGAGCUAUCGCAGGUGUCAUCAACCAGCCGUUCUACAACUACCAGCUCGGAGCAGGAGCCACUUUAGGAAGGACCAUGUGGGGGAUGCCCGGGUUGGGCGCCUUCGGAUUCCAGCUACAGGAAGCCCCAGGUGACAAGCGAAUUGUCACCACCACCCGUUCGCACAGCAACAAGGUGGUCAUGGACUGCGUCGACGCCAUGGAGCCUCACGAAGUUGUGAGAGUGGGCGGGGCUGGAAACAAGAUAAUCCAGCUUGUGGAGGGGAAGGCUUCUGCGUAUGUUUUCGCUAGUCCGGGCUGUAAGAAGUGGGACACCUGCGCUCCUGAGGCCCUCCUGCACGCUGUCGGGGGAAAACUCACCGACAUGUAUGGAAACCCCUACCGCUACGAUGCAGAUGUAAAGCACAUGAACUCUGCUGGAGUUCUAGCUACGUUACGCAACCAUGAAUACUACAUCAGCAGGGUGCCACAGUCCGUGCUGCAAGCCCUCGGGUCAGAUUGAAGUCUGUCGUCACGUCUCUGUGGCGCAGAGGAACUUCAGAAUCAAUGCUCGUACGUUCCCAGAGUUUAAAUCCUGUGUACUCAUUUUAUGCACGUUCAGAUCAAAAUGACAUUUCAUUGUCUCAACAUUAAUGUAUGAAAUCAAAGUUCAACAACACUUCCAUUUAUUCCACUUCUUAAAACGAACUUAAACCUUGAAUUCUUUACAAAUUGUUUCCAAUAUGAAGAGCAAGAAAACAGCGACCCAAAAGUCAGAACUGGAAACUAAAAUACACUAAAUGAUGGAAAUGUUUUACUCUAAGUGGGAACAAUGCAACUUUAUUUGCAGAGUGCCAACAAACAAAAUACCACAUUGACUUGUUUGAUCUUUUUACACAUGCAAUGACUGAAAAUACAAUCGUUAUGAACACAUUUUAAUUACAAGUCUUUAUACUGUACUUAAUCACUGCCUUUCCUAAUAAAAAGCCACUUUGAGCAUAA